GUAGGACUCCGCACGAAUCUACAGGGUGUCGCUUACAUAAUUAACAUAUCGUCUAAAAUUUAUAGUUCAGUUGAUGUAUGCUACAUAUAGAUUGUUAAAAGUAGUGGCAAUAAAUAUGGAAAAGGAAGACUUUCAGGGACAAAUGUACUGUUACUAGAAAGCAUAGAUUCCUAUUGGACGUCGACAUGUAUGUACUUCCUUGUAAACAGAAGCGUGUGACUUGUCAAACAUUGACAAACACCAAGAACCGAGGAGGAGGAGGACGGUCUGAGUCGCGGUGCAUUUAUAAAAAUCGUCUGUCACUAAAUUACAUCGAAAAAUGUCGGCGAUGUUAACAGCCGAUUGGUUUCCUCUCGGACGGGACAUAUAUUUUCGCAAAUUCGAGUUGUAUCCAAUAUCCUUCCAGCAUGAGAUUUCCAGCAACAAUCUGCUGGUGGCGGCUCCCUACGGAGGCUCCAUCGCUGUGACGAGAAACCCCAGAAAGCUCGUCAAGGUCCAAGGAGCCAGCAAGCCUUUGAUACUGCUGUACACAUCAUCUGGAAAAUUGACGGCCAAGCUGCAAUGGAGUAGUGGGCAACUGGUGUCAUUUGGCUGGUCCCAGCAAGAAGAAUUGCUCUGCGUGCAAGAUGAUAGCAUGGUUCUUAUAUAUGAUAUGUUUGGAACUUAUCAGCAUACUUUUAGCAUGGGAAAUGCAGCCAAGGAUACUAAGGUUGUCGAUGCAAAAUUCUUUGUAACAUCCAACAGCACUGGAAUAGCUGUUUUGACAUCCACCAAUCGUAUAUUUCUAGUGAAUAAUGUGUCUGAGCCUAAAGUCCGACCAAUCACUGAUAUGCCAAGAUAUGGUCCAAUCGAUUGCUGGUACAUGGUUCAUUGUGAUAGGGAGACACAAGUGAUUUUGUCGAAUAGAGAAGGAAUAUUUGUAAUUCAUCAAUCCCAUCAGAACACUUAUUCAUUUAAUAAUCUCUUUAGUAAUAAGAUCAAUAAUGUGACAGCGAUAACUGUGUCUAGCAACAAUCGACACAUUGCGCUUUACUCCGAUACCGGGCACGUGUACAUUGGUUCGAUAGACUUCAGAGAAAAGUAUUGUGAAUGUUAUACAAAUAUGAAGGAACCUCUGGCGAAUAUAGCUUGGUGCGGGACGGAAGCCGUGGUGUGCAGUUGGAACAGUACGAUAAUGGUGGUGGGACGUACGGCUGAUACCAUAGUAUACAAUUACGAUGGACCAGUACACUUGGUUACAGAAAUUGACGGAGUGCGAGUGUUGUCGAGCAGUUCUCACGAAAUGAUACAGAAAGUACCAAACGUUGUGCAAAGGAUAUUUAGGAUCAACUCUACGGAUCCUGCUUCCUAUCUUCUGGAGGCGUCUAAGCAGUUUCAGAAGAAGAGCCACAAGGCCGACAGUUACAUAGAUUUAGUGAAGGACAAGCUGGACUCUGCGAUAAAAGCGUGUAUCGAUGGCGCGAGUCACGAAUUCGAUUUUGAAACGCAAAAGAUUCUAAUGAGAGCUGCCAAAUUUGGGAAAGGAUUCAGCAAGACCAUAGAUUCGGAAUAUUAUGUUCAAAUGUGCAGGAUUUUGAGAGUCUUGAAUGCAGUAAGGCAUCCUGCAGUGGGCAUUCCAUUAACAUAUACAGAAUUUAACAUUCUCACGAAUCAAGUGCUAUUAGAUCGACUGGUAGCACGGAGACAUUAUUAUUUAAGUAUUCAAAUAGCGCGUCAUUUACAGUUACCCGAGAUUGACGGAGAAAGUAGAAUAUUAGCACAUUGGGCUUGCUACAAGGUGAAACAAACGCAGUUAGAUAAGGAACAAAUAGCAGAAGAGAUUGCUGAUAAAUUAGGAUACGCUCCUGGCGUUUCGUACAGCGAAAUCGCGAAAAGAGCAGCCGAUUGCGGACGAAAACAAUUAGCUAUUAAAUUAAUCGACUACGAACCACGUGCACAUCAACAAGUACCUUUGUUAUUGACACUUGGUGAAGAGCGUGCCGCUUUGCAUAAAGCUGUAGAAAGUGGCAAUACGGAUCUAGUCUAUACUGUUAUUCUUCAUCUUAGAGAAAACAUGACUCUCGGAGAUUUUCAAAUGUCUAUAAUGCAUUGUCCUCUAGCGAUGGCAUUAUACAUUAAAUAUUGUCAGAGCCAUAAUAGAGAGACAUUGCGCGAUAUUUAUAAUCAAUAUGACGAUUUCCAUUCACAAGCGGUGUGGUUUAUUACCGAGAGUUAUCAACGAAAAAAUAUGAUGUCGAGGGACGCGUUAUUGCAAUCCGCUCAGGAAAAUUUCAGAUUGGCUCGUAAUGAUACUAACGCGUCAUUAACGGAAGAACAGAUAAAACUGCUAAAGUAUCAGAGGUCUUUAGAAGACACGCUGCACGAAUCGGUCGUGGGAAAGCCUCUGCAUGAUACUGUGAGAAUAUUAUUAUUGCGUAACGAGUUGAAAUUAGCGGAUAAAUUGCGAUCGGAGUAUAAAAUACCAGAUCGGAGAUAUUGGUGGUUAAGAAUACAAUGCUUGGCGGAACAAGGUUUAUGGAAUGAUUUAGAAAAAUUCUCCAAAAGUAAAAAAUCUCCCAUUGGCUAUGAGCCGUUUAUCGAUGAAUGCCUAAAGUAUAAUGAGAAAUUAGAAGCAAGGAAAUACUUAGCCAAAGUUAAAGAUGAUCUUAAGGUGAAAUAUCUAGUGAAAUUAAAUUUGCUUAGCGAAGCCGCGCAAACAGCGUAUGAGCAAAAGGACGUUUCGGCUCUCACAUUUGUGCUGGCACAAUGCGGAUCGUCGGAUAGACAAUUUGUGGACAAAAUCAAUAUGUUAUUAACUAGUCUUAAAAAUUAAGAUUUUUUUAUUUGUUUUAUACGAUGCAUUUAUACAUCUUUAUAGUGAUAACAUUUAUAGUGAAUUAAAAUAAUUUUACAGACCAAUCAAGACGCAUUCAAGACGCAAUUCACAUAAAUUGAUAAAAUAUUAAAUACUUAUUUUAAUAAAAAAAAAAUAUAUACAUCUUGCUUUAAUGGAUACUGAAACAAAAAUUUUAAGUUUGUUCAGACAUUCUGUUUAUUAUAAUUUGUACAGAAAUGUGAUCGUAUAUUUGUGCUGAUAACUGAAUUAUGUACAUUUACAGUGCUGAUAUGUAUAUACCAUAUAGCAUAUUGAUAUAGUAUAUGUAUAAUAUACAAUAUAGUAUAUUGAACCUGA